UCGGCUUUAAUUGACGACCCAAUGAGAAGGAGGCUGCAAAUAGCAACAGAUGACGUGGACGCCCACCGUGUGAUUGGCGAAGGGUGACGCGCGGGCUGCGGCGGCGUCAGACACCGUCCCCCCGCUGGUGCCAUGCGCACUGCCGCUUGUUGUUGUGGAGCUGGCUGUUAUGGCCGGACGAGGCCUCGGACCGAACUGAGAGAGGCGUCCCCCUCCUCUCAUCCUCAUCUUCCCUCCCUCUCCCAGUGCUACCUCCCCCGCCCCACGCUCCGCGGGUCUCCGCCGCGGGACACCCGCCACCCAUGGAGGGCACCGACAUGGACGUGGACGCGGAGCUCAUGCAGAAGUUCAGCUGCAUGGGCACCACGGACAAGGACGUCCUCAUCUCGGAGUUCCAGAGACUGCUGGGCUUCCAGCUCAACCCCGCCGGCUGCGCCUUCUUCCUGGACAUGACCAACUGGAACCUUCAGGCUGCUAUCGGUGCAUAUUAUGACUUUGAAAGUCCCAAUGUCAACACACCAUCCAUGUCCUUCGUUGAAGAUGUGACAAUUGGAGAAGGAGAGUCCGUUCCUCCAGAUACACCGUUCACAAAGACCUGGAGGAUACAGAACACAGGUGCAGAGGCGUGGCCGCCUGGGGUUUGUCUCAAGUACAUUGGUGGGGAUCAGUUUGGGCACGUAAACACAGUUAUGGUGAAGUCUCUAGACCCCCAGGAAAUAUCAGAUGUUAGUGUGCAGAUGCGAAGUCCCACAACUCCUGGCAUGUACCAGGGUCAGUGGAGGAUGUGUACAGCCACAGGCUUAUUCUAUGGAGAUGUAAUCUGGGUGAUCCUUAGCGUAGAAGUUGGAGGUCUCCUUGGCGUGACCCAGCAGCUGUCCUCCUUUGAGACAGAAUUCAACACCCAACCCCAACGGAACGUGCAGGGAGACUUCAACCCCUUCGCCUCGCCGCAGAAGAACAAGCACGACGCCACCGACAACAGCUUCAGAGAACCUGGUGGGGUGUGGGAACGCACACAGGAGCCAAUCCAGCAAGAUCAAAAUGGACUGUCUCAUAAUGCUGUAAAUAGGGCCUCAAAUGGACUCCAAACCAAUCUUUCUGUUGUGACUUACGGUCAGGGUAUUCACGGACCCUUUCCCUUUGGACAGAGCUAGAAUAACAGAAAGACCCCCCCUCUAUGAUGGAUGAUGAGCUGAACACCUUGGGAGUCCUUAAUUUAAAGGAGUUGGGGGGGGGGGAGAGUGGACACUUGUUUUAUAUUGACUCAUGACAACCCUCUCCCUGUCCAUAGCCCUUUUCCACAGAAACACAAAUUACAGUGAGGUGAUGGAUUACAUCUGCUGCAGUGAAACAUCCGCACCUGACAUCAACACCUGGAUUCGCAUGUGUGAAUGCUUCAUUUUAUGCUAAAAACCCUUAAAGAUAAAUACACACAACUAUUUUUAUUUACACUGUAAAACACAUUAAUUUAAGGGAAAAUCAACCUCAAACAACCUACGUACAGUUUAGGUUUUCCCAUGUCUCUUCAGGGUUCCUACACAGAUCUGAAAAGGUUUCGGAAGUUGUUGGCGCACGGUACAAAACUUGAUUUUGAGGCCUUUGUGGGAAAAGUGUGAUCUUUCACUCACCACACGAGUGGUUUUUAAUAGAAGUGUGUGGAGUAUUCCUGGUCCUCUCUCGAUGACAGCCUUACACAAGUUUCACAUACAAACCAAGGGAUUAAUGUGGGACGUUAAACAGCUGGUAUGACAACGACCAGGACCUGACCUACCAGCUACAUGUAAAUGCCUGAGUUCAAGAAAGACAGAAUAGCUCUAGAUAAAUCAAAGUGCUUUGGAAGCAUCUCCUUACAGUAUAUGUCUUACAAGCAUCAUCGUCACAUCAUUGGACUAAAAAUGGUUCCAGUUUAUCUAUAAAAUGUGGGUUUAAUCACCUUUAACGACUUCAUUUGCAUGAAGUGCCAAGUUGGAAGAAGCUGUCUGACAGGUGUGAUACAACUUAAUGCUGACUUGAUCGCAAUGGCAAUGGUCACCAUUGCCAUUGCCUGGCAAUGCCUGAUAUGAGGGGCAUCAACAUCCGUUGUGUUGUGAACGAGUAGCUGCUGGAAUUUAACACUUUCAGGUCCAAUAAUCUGAUAUAAGUUUACAGGGUUUAUUUUCUUUACUCAGCGUCUCAAAGGUUCAAAUAAGUUGUGGUCUAGUCCAGAAUAAGACGAUUAAUUAGCUCAGUGUCAAACAUUGAGGUCAGAUGUUCUACUGUCAUGUUUCAAGUAUUUUUGUAGUUUAAGAACUAGACGUCACCACCAAUAUCCCACUAUGUGUUUUAUUUAUGACUCAGAUGUUACUGAUGUAACAAACAUGUAGCUCCUUGAACCCUGGUUGCUGACCCAGGUCCGAUAAAUCCCAUUUUGCUUCACUCUGUAAGAAUCAUUUUUUUACAUUAUUCGGAAGCAUUUAUCACCCAAACGUUUCACCUUUUGCCCUUUUUGAGAAAAACUUCCCGUCAAAGCCAACACAGCAGUGCCAGUGUUUCCCUCCACAAAACUGAGGAGCUCAUCUCUGCAUGGUUAUUUAAAGUAAAAAUAAAUUCAUCCCUACCAUAUCUGAAAAAUGUCAUACAUGACAUUUUAAGCAUGUAAAGACGAGGGCAAAUUCCUAAAAAUCAUUGCAAAGAAAAUAUGGACGAUCCCUGUGUAGGAACCCAACCUCUUCCAAAGAUAAAGUCCAGACAACCAAGACACUAAUCUGUGCUGUCAUACAACAACUCAGUCUACUGCUCCAUUCAGACUGCAUGGGUCAGUGUGUGCGUUUUUGUUUGUUUGUUUUUUUUUAAGGGUGGGUUUUUGCUUUAAAUAGAUGCUGAAGCGCAAAAGGAUGCAAGAGAGUUUGAGCCUGUGAGAUGUGAGAAAGUCGAAAAAGCCAUCUAAGUCCAUUUUGCCUGGUGAGUGACUGCGGUUUCUGAUGUCUACGGUAUGUGUACUAGAUAUGUGCGUGUGUGUGCAUGUAUGUUAAUGGUUUCUCUUUGGAUUUAACUGACAUUAAAUGGUGUAUACUACUUGGGCAAAGGAAGACGUGUCUAUUCACACAUACAUGGGACUUGAGAGAGCUUUACUUGGUGUGUACCUCUAAAGUAUUUGAAUUAUUCUGAAUCGUUUGGAUGAACCGACUCACUAAUUGCUGAUGUUAUUUAUUUGCUGUCACGUUGUGCAUUGUAGGUGCAAAAAAAAAAGUCCCAUUUAGAGCCAGCAGGUGGUGCUAAAAAUCAAAUGACCAACUUGUCUGUGAGGAUUCUCAGUCAUCCAGGGCGUGGGCAUCCAAAAGCCUGAUCACAAGUGGUCGGCUCUAAAUUCGUCUGCUCACGCCGGACAUUGCAAUGUGUCCUCAUGCGCCACAGACCACCUCUGAAUGUGGUCUGAGUGGGGACAUUGCAGGAAGAUUUCAGGAUGCACUUGUACUUGGUGCUCAUUGUGAAACAGGUCAGAGGACGUCAGCUGAGUAGGAAAAAGAUUGUGGUCAUAGUGAUCAGAUCUUGAGUUGGACUGAGGACGAUCAGAUCACUGAGGAUGGAUGUUGAUAACAGAUCUGAACAGGGUCCAAGACGUAUUGAAUCAAAGGCAACUGGAAACGGUUGUAAAGACGUUCUCAGACUGUAACACCAGUCAUUAGAGUAAUUGAAGUCCCCUGAGGCCAAGUGGACAUGGUUGUUAAAUCUCCCUUGAAAGGACACUUGCAGGUUGGGGAUAAAGUGAUGUUCACCACCUCCUCUCUACUUUGAUGUCGAUGGCCUCCUUCCUUUUCAUAGGAAACUACGUAUCCUCCCUGUCUGCACAUUGUUGCCAUCAGAGGAGCAUCCCAUAGCCAUUAUAACUGCAGAUUCUCCACCUGAGGAGUUGCACCAGUUUUUGUUUUCAUGUGUGGACACACGUGCAUAAACACUUGUGCAUUCAAAAUGACGGUCAUUUACAUUUGGCCUCAGCUGACGAGGAACAUUAACCAACUCAGAGACAUCAGCAGCUUUUAUAACAAAUCCCUAGAGGUUAAAUACUUGGGUUUUUCCACCAGUCAGCCAGAACUGAAGAAGCCUGAGAGGUCAAACGUCUUUAAGCAUCUACAACCAGGUCCAGUUUUCACAGAAGUUUUACUUGACAUGCUGAGUUCAUUGCGAAGAAAAGGUGAUAAGCUGUAGUUGGAUUGUAGUAAGACAAUUUUAAUAUGGAAUUUAACGGUUUGCAUCAGCAUUAUAAGCACUGAUGUUUUCUUAUUGCUAUUUGCACAAAACUCUUCCCCACUAAUGCUGAGGGAGAAAAUAUCGUGUGGACCUUUCCAGAAAGUCUGAUUGGUGAGUUCAAACAUAUUUUUUCAUUAUUUCACAUCCAUUGGCUUCUUUAUUUAGGUUUGACUGUCCCACCAGAAGUUUUACUUCAGCUUGACUUAAUGUUAGACAAUGGAUCUCAUCAUGUAUUUUGGCCUGAAAAUAAAAAGGAAAAAGUUGUUGAUGGACUUAAUAAAAAAAAAACAUUCCGAAAGGGAUAUUUCAUUCAAACAGAAUCACUUGUUAUUUUUAUGCAUUUGAAUUUAUCAAAUGUUUUCCCAGUUGUAGUUACGAACAUCUAAUUGUUAUUCUCUAUAUUUGAGUUCAUUGCCUUUAUGAUCGUGUACACGUGUUUGUAAUAUUCACCAGCAUUCUGUGUUGCAUCUGUUUGUGAUUGUGUUGAGUUGGCGGAGAGUCCUCCUCCCAAACAGUAUACACUGUAUUGCUUCUUUGAGUCAUGUCAGUCUUUUUUUGUGCGCGUGUGUGUGUGUGUGCUUUCCUCUCGUGAUCUUGCUCGUGUGCAUUUCUGUGUGCGUGUUUGUGAGAGAGAGAGAGAGAGAGAGUGACGGAUGGGGAGGAAAUUUGAAUAUUGCUGGAUUCAUUCUCUAGUUUUAGUUUGUGACGAUGUAUGGACUUGAGAAGGUUGGCAUGGUGAGUGGAUAAGAUGAAAGUUUACAUAGUCCUGAAAUAGCACAUUUUAUCUGAAGAGAAAAUGUCAAAAUAAAGCUUUUCCCCCUGUAUCUAUAAUUAAGCAUUUGUAUGAUUAAAUUAACACUGAAA